CAGGGUCGCCUCCAGCCCCCAGCCCCCGGGGAGCCCGGUCAGGGCCGGCUGAGACCCCCUCCCGCGCCCCCCUGCUUGCCAGGAGGGAGGGGAGGCAAGAAUAGAGGGCACCCCCUCCAGCUCGCCCACUUUUCGCCAGCCUCCCCCCCACCCAGGGAGAGAGGGUCCCGUGGGAAGCCCCCUCCCCACCGUCCAGCUCCCCCCUCCACCCCCAAUCAGCCGAACGCCAGGGGCUUGGGUGGCUGGCAAAAGCCCCCCGAGCCAGCCCGGGAGGGACUAAAAGCCUUUCCCCUUCUCCAUCUCCUUUCCUCCACCAAGGCUUAUCCCCCCCCUCCCCUCGGGAUCAGAGACCCCCCCCCCACCCCCGGAUGAGAAAUCUGGAUUCCCCUCUUUUUCCGCAGCAGGUGGAAAGAUGCGCGGGGCUUUGUGCGUGGCGUUUUAGCGGAGACGUUGGAGGAGGUGGGCGAGGCGAGACAGGGUGGACAUAGAAGAAGGGUCCCCGGGUCGGGGGUGUUGGGGGGGGGGAUCGGGUGUAAAGAGAGGGGAUACGGGGUCGGGGGGUGGGACGCUGCCAAUUCCAGAGGCUGGGGGCUUGGGGAGGGGUCGGCACCAUGACUCACCUGCAAGCAGGACUGUCCCCCGAGACCCUGGAGAAAGCCCGGAUCGAACUGAACGAGAAUCCGGACACCCUGCACCAGGACAUCCAGGAGGUGAGGGACAUGGUCAUCACCCGGCCAGACAUCGGCUUCCUCCGGACGGACGAUGCCUUCAUCCUUCGCUUCCUGCGGGCCAGGAAGUUUCAACACUUCGAGGCGUUCCGCCUGCUGGCUCAGUACUUCGAAUACCGGCAGCAGAACCUGGACAUGUUCAAGAGCUUCAAGGCCACCGACCCCGGCAUCAAGCAGGCGCUGAAGGACGGGUUCCCCGGAGGACUGGCCAACCUCGACCACUACGGCCGGAAGAUCCUCGUCCUGUUCGCUUCUAACUGGGAUCAGAGCAGAUAUACCUUAGUGGAUAUAUUACGGGCCAUCCUACUUUCUUUAGAAGCUAUGAUUGAAGAUCCUGAACUUCAAGUGAAUGGAUUUGUUUUGAUUAUUGACUGGAGUAACUUCACGUUCAAGCAGGCAUCCAAACUCACUCCCAGCAUGCUGAGAUUGGCAAUUGAGGGACUCCAGGACAGCUUUCCUGCUCGAUUUGGAGGAAUUCAUUUCGUCAACCAGCCCUGGUACAUCCAUGCUCUCUACACGGUGAUACGACCUUUCUUAAAGGAGAAGACUCGGAAAAGGAUAUUCUUGCACGGCAACAACCUGAACAGCCUGCACCAGCUGAUCCACCCCGAGAUCCUGCCCUCGGAGUUCGGCGGGAUGCUGCCACCCUAUGACAUGGGCACCUGGGCCCGGACGCUACUGGACCACGAGUACGACGAUGACAGCGAAUACAACGUGGACCCCUAUAGCAUGCCGGUGAAAGAGGUCGAGAAAGAGCUGUCUCCCAAGUCCAUGAAGCGGUCUCAGUCAGUAGUAGAUCCCGGGAUGCUCAAACACAUGGAUAAACACGAGGAAGAGAACCUGCAGCCCCUGCUUUCCCUGGACUAAACCCCCCUGGCACCAGGAAGGGAAGGCACCUGCUUUGGAUGGUCAACGAGACACGGGAAGAGCAUGCAUAGGCUGGAAUCCUAUUUAUUCACCUUCACGGAACGUCGUGUCUCAAGGCAGCGGGCUGGACCAGGUCUGGUUGACGUAUGGGUGCCCUGAGAAACAGGAAAAAAAAAAAUUGAUAAUCUAUUCUGAAAGUGCCAACUUGUUUGUAAAUAGAAUAUAAUCUCCACUUCAUGUUUGUACACCUUGGUAGCAUUGUAGCCUAGGGAGAAGGGAACUGAGAGUCUUUGUCAGGGGCCGGCGGCGUUCCACCACGCAGUAGCAAGAAAAUCCAAUCGGAUUCUAUGUGGUCAUGUUUUCUCUGAAGCCACAUGGCUUCCUCUUCCUCCUCUCAGACUCCCUGGUGGUGUUGAAAUACUUUUGAAGGGAAGAAGAGAAUGUAAGGGCUUGUGCAACGUUGCUAUGACGAAUACAUUUCCUGUUCAGGGAAUUUCAUUUCAUGGGUAAUUUGGAGCCCUAGGGCCCCCAGGGAGGAGAGAUGUGCGCGCAGAGGGAUGGAAAGUUAAGGGAUCCAGGAUCUGAGCUCCCGAACUGUUUUCUAUUGUUGGAUUCUUUGAGCUCUAGGAAGUGAGAAUUCCUCAUAAAGAAGAUGGGAUAUUCAGAAGCAGCUAAGCUCCUCUCGACUCUACAGUCGGGAAAAUUUGGGCUGAGGUCACAUUCCCUCUUGGCUUCUUCCAGGAACUGCUUCUUGAAUGAUUGUACUGGGAGAGAGAGAUCUCGGAAAAGCCUCUCAACGACGAGACAAGAUUUGCCACUGGACGCUGAGGGGUGCUUUUUGAAUCCCCUGCAUGGGGUGAUAAAAAUAUAUAGAUAUUUUUACAACAUUCAGAUAAGCCCAAGAGGUGAGGUCUAUUCAUCUAGGGUUUAUAAGAACAGUCACACUUUCUCAGUGUGCUUGGAGCUGUGAUCGACUCUUAAAUGAGACAUGACCGAAACUUAGAGCGUUACCCACAGAUUUACACUUUAAAGGUUAUUGGGAGCCAGGGGAAAAGAAACAGCAUCUUCGCGAGCCUGCUUAGAGACGCUCUAAGUUUUGUGGCAAAGUAGCUUCCAAUAUGCACCAUAUCGGUGAAACACUUCUGUCUUAUCUUGGGAGAUGGGCAGAGGGCUUGAAAACAGAGACUGAUCUCUGUCAGGAAAGAGAAAUUUGAAGGGAGGGGGGGAUGAAGAUAAGUUUCCAAACACUUCAGAUGAAAGCAAACACGGAUUUCCUCUAAGCCCACUGUGGGCAGGGAACAAGCAUACCAACUCUGUCAUAUUGUGCUCUCCCAAGUGCUUAGGACAGUGCUCCAGUGAGAGCUCAAUAAAUAUGAUUGAUUGAUUUCCCCUUUCUGCCUAGAGUGGAGAGACGCAGUGAGCUUGGCUUGUCUCCUUGUGGAGAGGAGCCCAAGGGGUAUGUGAAUGCGUGUUCUGCAUGGGCUGAGUGCUGGCCUCUGGCUUCUUGUGGGCAGGGGAUGUGUCUACCGACUCUUGUAUUGUACUCUCCCAAGCACUUAGAACAGUGUUCUGCACACAGUAAGCACCAAAUACGUACCAUUGAUUAUAUGCCCUCGAUUGCAACAAGCCUGAGCCUUAAGCUGGGGUGGAGGGGAGCGGGUAAUGAGCAGUGACCGGGUGUUCUGUCAGCAUUUCAGUUCCCAAAUGUGAACUCCCGUAUUCCAGAUACCAAAUUUUAAAACAAAGCUAAUCAUUCUUCAGAUGAAGUGGUGAGAUGGAGAAAAAAACCCAAAACAAAUCCCUCCCACCCCCUACAAUCUGUGUAUUAUGAAGGGAGGGAGAAAGAAAGGUUGGCGCUCACGAUAGCCUUUGGGAGCGAGAGCGCUAAAGACAUGACUGGUAUUUUUUAGGCUACCUCCCUCCAACACCCGCAGUGAGUCUGCAGGAGGUAUGUGGUGAGGGUGGUAAGAAUUUACACCUUAGACCCUUCUACCAGAUCAAGCAAGUCAGGAGUCCUGAACCCUGUCAUUAAACCAUCGUGUGCUAUAUUUCAAGAAUGUAGUACCUCGGCACAUACUUAUAUUUUUAAGAAUCUAUUUGGGUAAAUCAGGUUGAUACUUUUUGAAGAAAUUCAAAAGUCUUGGUCACUAUUCAGAAUUCUCUUUUGAAAGUAGAAACUGUAUGGAUUGAAACCUCAUAAAAAAUGCCAAUCCGUCUAAUGGCAGAAAAAAAGAGAAUCUGUAUGACGUUCUCCUGCUACCAUCAGACAUUAUUAAGGUUUAAAUGAUUUUGGGUUAAAGGAGCAAACUCUCAGUUUGAAUGAUUGAAUUUGAAUCUUCCUCUUUGGAAUCCCUGAACACAGUGUAAAACUAUGAUAUAUCCUUUAGGGCAUUGGAUGCCACAUAAUCCUACAUUUUACUACAGGUUCUACUUCCCAGCUGUGAAGCAACCAACCAUAGGAAGAAAGUAUUGAAACUUGAAUAUUGUUUCAAAUAUUCAAGAAUCUAGUUGACAAAGUACUCAGGAUUGCCUUCUGAAAUGACUGUGUCUGGUUUUACUCUAUCGACUCAACUUAUCCACUUAUCAAUCUUGACUAAGCUUCUUGGUUGAGAAAACAGUGUUUAUCCUUAUGGCUAACUGACUCUUAGUGUUGGAAUCCUUCACUUGGUUUUCUGGAACAAGGGUCUAAAGUGCAGACUGAUUUCAAAUUUAAUCAUUACUGAUAGAUAUUCAUACAUUCCCCUUCUAAAUCUAAAUAGCAAAUUGCUUGUUCAAAUCUCUUUUCUUCAUUUCAAGAGCAAUACCGAACUGAGCUUUAUUAAGGGGUUUUGCCACGCAAGUCUUAUGGACUUUAAAGAGCUUCAUUGGAUCGGUAUAGAAUUUAAAUCUGAGGCAAAUUUAUCCUUCUGCUCUUCCUUCCCCUCCUCCUCCCCCGCCCCCAUCUCCUCCUCCUCUUCCGAUGGAUUCUCCUCCAGCAUUUCCCAGCAGCAGCUGUUUUAAAAAAAUAGAGGACUUCUUCCCCGGCUAGUAUUCUUUGCACACACUUUUCACUAAGACUGAAAUGCAAUUUCCUGCUCUGUUCAGAAAUAUUCUGUAAAAAAGGCUAAAGGCAACUCAGAUGACAGCAUCAAAAGGAGGUUGGGCUUCUGUUUUAUACUCUUUCUUAAAACUGUUGGCUAUUUCUUUGAUACACAUCUGAAAUGUCAAACCAGUUGAAAUACAGAAGGGAAAAAAUGUCCUAAUCUUCACUUUGCUAUUCCAAAUCCAUUAUUAAUGUUUCACUGUAGAAUUGGUCAAAAGCCAAGAGGUUCAAUUAGCUGAGCCGAACAUUACCUAAUGUGAAACAGGAGUACAAAAUUCCAAUUCCUGGCUUUAAAUGAAGACUGCAGAGUAUACCGGGAUCCCUGAAAAAUUUCCUUUAAAUUAGCUAUAGAUAAAAAUCAUCAUUCAUUUUUAAGGUUCUGAAAAUUGUGAGCUAUCUGGUCUAAAAAUACAACCACCUCAAUUAUAUAAUGGGAUGUUUUGCAUUUCAGUUAUGCAAUUCAGGAAGUUCUGUGUACAGCUAAUUCUGCUAUAAGACAGUAAUUGUAUUUUUUAGGAACUUCAUGGUAUGGAACAGUUAUGUCACUGCAACCAUUAAUGAGGUGGGAAUUAAUAGAUUUAGCGGGUCGAAGGUUCUAGAGGGCAGGGAAUGUGUCUACCUACUCUAUUGUACUUUCCUAAGCACUGAGUACAGAGCUCUGCAGUGCUCAAUAAAUGCCAUUGAUUGAUUGAUCGAUUGAUUUUUCCAAUUAUUGUGUCCAGCAGAGUAGAAUGCUUUGCACCCUUGUCACUCAUUGUUAUUUUACUGUAUUAAAUACUACAAAGUGGCAGAAGUUCAGAGACAUACAGAGAACAGGCACAGGACAGUACAGUAUUGUGCAGUAGAGUAAGGCCAAGUCAGAAUGACACCACCAACGUGCACACAACGGCGAGCACAGCGUUCUUACACCGAACAUACUUCCUCCAACUUGUGGAUCAUGCGAUGUCAGUUGUGGGAAGAGAGUUCCUCCGAUUCUUUCACUGCAUUCUGUCCACCCCGUGUAAUGCCGGCAUGUUUUCUAGCCUAACUGACUGUGCAGGGUUAUAGAGGAUCGAGAGUUGUUUUAGACUCUGUAGAGCAGGGUAUGCCUACUCACUAAAAGAAAUAUUGCCGACUUCAACACAAACAUCCUAAGGGACAGUUUAGCAUUUGUAGAAUUUGCUUUUUAAUGUGUUAUUCAAUUGUAUAACAUCCAUCUAGAAAAGCUGCCCAGAGCCUGUAACUGUUCUAGUCUUGUUUGUUUCAUACAGUUUUGCUUCUCAUUAUGUGCCUAUCAAUUUAUGCUAAUUUGGGAUUUGUUUUUCAACACCCAAGAAGGUGUUAGCGUAAAGAAUAUUUGUGGAUUUUCAACGGAGGAUCCUCCGCUCAGGUCCCUUAACUCGGUUUUCAGGUUGUGUUUGAGAGUAUUGGAACCUUAACAGGAGCCUGGAGGAUAAAACCACAAGGGGUGGAUGGGGUGGAAGAGGUGGAAUAUCUCACGCCGUGAACUUUGAAUGAGAGCUUGGGUCCUGGUUGUAAAGUGGGAAAAAAAAAUUCUUUAAGAAAGCAAGUGAUUGUUUUGCUCCAUGAUAUCGAUAUUGCAUCCUAUAAGCUCUAAAACAUUAGACUCUAGAAAAUGUGCUUUCACUGUAACAUGUCUAAUAGCAGCUUGUCAAUAGCUAACAUGGGAAUGUCCUUCACAGUUUUGCAGCAUCAAGUUUAAGAAUACAAAGGAAGAGCUCUGAAUUCAUAUGAGGGACACCUUGUGAGUGUCUGAUUGGUGUAAGCCCAUUAUUUUGAAGUAGAUGGUACAUGUAUCUUUUAGAACUAUCUACAUGUUCCUGACCUUGGUGUCCUGGUAAGAACCCAAGCUAUCCCAAUGCUGUUUCUGUUGCGAAUAAGGUUUACACUCUCCUUUCAGUCAAUGUAAAUAAACAUAUUUCAUCGAAACUGUUUUUAACUAAACCUGCUCCUUCACCACCUUCCAGACUCACCAUGGGCUAUCACUACCAUUUAUUUUCUGACAAAUAUGUGGUCUGAAUCUGCACGGGGAAAGAAAAAAAAAAGAACAUCAACCAAAAAGCAAAAGCAGAAUCUGCCUGUUCCUCAAGGGUUCCGGUAUUUGUAAGUUUGUUUUCGACCAAGUGGAGGGGGUUUCACUUUUUAUGCCUUAUUAUGUUCAAGAAUGGCUGAAAUCCUUUGUGUUGAGUCCCUUCAGAGAGGAUGUUUUUGUCUAUGAUCUUUGGACUGAUCUCCUGAUUGGUCUUGGAUCUGGAUGAUUGACAGAUGCUGCCCAGGGAGGCUGAUUUUUUGCCCUUUCUUGCUGAGGGUAUGUAAUUUAUGGAAACAAGAGAAAGCCUGUUUUGGCUAAACCGGGUUCCUCCCUAUAUAGCCCUAUUGCUUUCACACUGGGAGAUAGACCAGAAAUUGGACCUAAUGAAGACUCUCCCCAGCUGAGAGGCUAGGAACAAGACCCCUGACUGUUCAUCCACUUGUCCAUCUGUACCCCAGGACCUAUCCUGAGGGAGUCUGGGGAGAGACAGCAAAGGACGGAGACGGGAAAAGGUUGAAGGGUGAGUAGCAAAACCCGAAAGAUUGACUUACAGUCAGGCAGAUAUACUGAAAUCCAACUUCCUCUUGGGGCCAUCUCUAAGGUGAGGCUGGAGAUAUAAGCCUUCCCGCAAACACUGGACUCUGCUACUUUAUUGAACUGAAGCCUAGAUUUGCCCCAAACAGAUUUGCGUUAAAAACUGGGAAUAUGACUGGUCUGAGAAGCCAUUUGUAGUUUCAGUGCUGAUACCAGCUGGCUGACAGACCUCAGACGAUUUGUUGACCCUCUCUGGCCCUGUGAUAGGAGGAUAAUGAUGCCUGCCUCCUCCCACCUCACAAGAAUGGUGUGAGGCUAAGACGAGGUUAUUGAUGUGAAGACACAUUGGAGGAAAUGAAGUAAAUGUACCAUACAAAUUAAGAGGAUUAUUUUUAAAAAAUUAAUUUUCCAGAGUGAAAUUCCUGUCAGAAAAAGUACACUUGUUCAGUGUAGUUACAGUCGCUGUUUAAGACUCUUUGAGUUUUUCGUAAAAUACUGGAGAGGUUUUUUUCAUUGUUGUUGAAAUACUUACUUCGUAUUUUAACUGUAAUCCUAACCAGGCUUUUUCCAACUGAGACUGGGAUAAGGAAGAAAAUAUAUAAAUCCCAUUAAACGAUUUGUUCAUUCUGUCUUUUUGUGAUAAGCCAAGUGUAACUGCCGAUUUGGUAGUCAGAUGUUGGUUUCCGAUAGCGCUCAUCCCAUGUUACUUCGAAGUCUUAUGAUUCUUGUGAAUCUACUGAUACAGUUUGCACCUGGAUAUUAUUUUCUGGGGUGAAAAAAGUCUGUUUUGUGUAUGGGGAAUGUUCUUUGAAAUCUUCUGUGGUGGAUUUACAUUAAUGUGCAACAGUGUCAUCCCAGAGGGUGUCUGUCUGGAGAUAUGACGUGAAGGAAGAGGAAGGGAUGUGUCUGAAAAGCACUGCAAGGUGGAUUAAAUAAAAACGGAAUGGCAUAUA